CAAUGGAUUUUAUAAUGGUUUUUCACACUUUCAACUCUCUCGAAAUGCGAAUAGCAGAGAAGAACAGCUUAGAGAUUCUUUCACUUCAUUUCACUCCGAUUGUUAGAAAAAGCGUUACCAAUGAGAAUUCAUGCUAGAUUUUUCAAUUUCCGUCAUCUUCUUCGGUUGCGAAACCAAUACGAAUCAAAAUCCAAACUCACACUUCCAAAUUUCCGUCAUCGUCCUUACUCUUCCGAAGUUCAACCUGAAAUUUCGCCGGAUCUGUUAAACAUAAUGGAACAACGAUUCUCAGCUAUUAAGUAUAGGGCUAAGUCUCUUGAUAAUCUCAUUAAUCAGCCAGAAGUGUCGCCAUCCGAGUAUGCAAGAGCUAACAAGGAGCUUCGAAAGCUCAGUGGUUCGGUGGAACUUAUUAAUGAACUGAAGGAUAAACAGAAGGAAAUUGAUGGCUUGAAGUCACUAAUGACUGAAUGUUCUGAAGACAAAGACAUGCUUAAUAUGGCAACAGAGGAAAUGGGUCAAGCCAUAGAGGAAGUAAGAAAACUGCAGAAUUUGUUGCUGAAGUCAUUACUUCCUAAGGAUGAUGCUGAUGAAAGAGAUUGCAUUUUGGAGGUACGAGCAGGGAGUGGUGGGGAGGAAGCUUCCUUGUUUGCAAUGAACAUCCUUAAGAUGUAUGAGAAGUAUGCUCACAACAAAGGCUGGAAGUUUGAAGUGGUAGAUAUAGCUCAAUCUGAUAUGAAGGGAUUCAAGGAGGCUAGUGCAGCUAUUGUAGGAGUUGGUGUUUUUGGGAAACUAAAAUUCGAGAGUGGAAUUCAUAGAGUACAGCGAGUUCCUGUCACCGAAAAAUUGGGACGCGUUCAUACCAGUGCUGUUUCUGUUGCAAUUCUCCCUCAGGCCGAUGAGGUCGAUGUUCAGUUAAAAAAUGAAGACUUAAAAAUUGACACCUAUAGAUCUGGUGGUUCAGGUGGUCAGCAUGCAAAUACAACUAACAGUGCUGUUCGAAUAACUCACCUUCCAUCUGGGAUUGUGGUUGCUAUACAAGAUGAGCGUUCUCAGCAUAUGAAUAAGGCCAAAGCUCUCAAGGUACUGUGUGCAAAGCUAUAUGAAAUGGAAAGGAUAAGACUUCAUAGUAGUCGAUCAAAGCUCCGAUCAGAGCAGAUCGGUAGUGGGGACAGAUCUGAACGCAUUCGAACAUACAAUUUUCCUCAAGGCCGCGUAACUGAUCAUAGAGUUGGUAUCACUUAUCACAACAUAGAAGAUGUGAUGCUAGGAGAGAGUCUUGAUGUCUUCAUUGACGCUCUCCUUCUGAAAGAAGAAAUGGAUGCAAUUGCAACUUUUAGUUCUUCUACCUAAGCCGGUGGGUGAAGAUUUUGCUUAACAUUAAUUCACUGUUUUAUUUAUGUAAUUCCCUCACCAAAAUGAACGAGUUUCGUAUGUUGUUUUAAACGCUAGGCAGAGAAAGAGCAUAGCACAUAGUGAUUUGUGUGUGACUGACUAAAUGAGAAUAACAUGCAUUUGGUUUCUCUAAAAUAAAUUUCACUUUAGAGAGAAAGAUGUCAAAAAGUUUAAUUGCUCAUAAGAAAAUUUAUGAUCUAUGAUAGUAUGCGGAAUACAUUUUGUUUAUGCAAAUAAACUCAU